AUGCAUGAUGCCAGCCUCAUCUGGCUGGGAGACGCAUGCGAAUGGAGCAACUUGUCGGCCAAGAACCCAUAUCAACCCCAUGAGGCAUAUGCCUGGACGCCAAUCUCAGGGUACAAUCUGCUCAACGACUUCAAGAAUGGUCCCUGUGCAAAUAUGCAUGAAGCCAGCCCGGAGUUUGGUCAAGAGACAAAUGAACUCACCGACGUGCCAAACCCGUGCCUGCCGGCUGAUGCACCCUUCCAGCUCACGUCAAGAUAUGAAUCCUCGCCUUUCCCCAAGCACGACGAUGCUGCACAUUCUGAAACAGCACUGCCGCUGAAGCCAAGACAAGAAGAGACUUGCGGUCCAAGUGAUGACCCCAUGCACUGUUCAGAUGGCCAGCAAGCGGGCUCAAUGUCAACAGCUGCCGAUCCCGCCGAGAGGAGUCUUACGAGGGUCAGACGGCACAUAAGACACCGCAAGAGGAAAGCUCGAGACACCAAGUCGGAAGACGAUGAGGAAGCUUCAAACAAUGGCCUGGCCGCUGAUGAAACCAAUCGAAGUGAGCUGCUGCGGUGCUAUCACAACCAGGUCGAGAGGAACUAUCGCAGCAGGUUGAACAACGAAUUUCAACUACUACUCAAUACGCUUGUGGACUGUACAGAUGAGAGAGACCUCGUGUCCGCGGGCUUCACGGGCGCCGGAACCAGGAACCAGAGCAAAGGGGCGACGUUGCGACUCGCCAGGCGUAAGCUGCUGGCACUGCAUACUGAGAACCGUCUGCUGAACAACCAGUUGAUGGCCAUGAGAUGUGCAUGGGCAAAGUGA